AUGUUAAAGUUUGAGAUAGUUUCCUCUCGUAAAGUCGAGGGCGUCGACAAUGAAAAAAAAUUUGUAUCGUACAUGUUACAAGUGAGGCAAGAUUCCACGGAGUCCAGUGUGUUUGAUCCGGAUCCAGCGAACGUAGAAAGACGAUACACGCAUUUUUUAGAUCUUUACACAGGCCUUAAAAAAGAACAUCCGACGAUAAUGAAUUCCGUUUCAUUCCCAAGAAAGAUAGUUGUUGGAAAUUUUGACCCAAAUCUAAUAUCAUCCAGAUGUGCUGCGUUUGAAUCAUUGUUGAAUUUGAUAGCAAAUGAGUCACGACUGAGGGACGCCCCCGCUGCUAUCGCAUUCUUUCAGAACGUUGAAUUGAAUGAAUCCAGGAAAUUGAUAAAUGAGGGGAAGUUUGACCAAGCUCUGUUUGUUUUAGAAACAAGUUUUAAACUGUUGAAUAAGGUAUACACAGACAGAUCAAGAGUAGUACUGAGUGUGCUAUGCAGGAUUGUUGCUUGUGCCGGGUACAGUGGGGGUACUUUGGCUGGGCCGGUGGAGAAAUGGGCUCAAUUAGCACUGAGAAGAUACGAGGCUGUUAGUGAUUCAGACUUGUUGAUGAUAUAUGUACCACUAUUACACACCUGCAUAUCUAUAUGGGAUACGCUGGGUCGUGAUAAAACAAAGUUAGUAGAGGAGUUAAAUAAUCUGAGAAGACGAGGUAUGAAAGUUGAUUCAGUACCGAGCCUCAUGGAUGCCAUCGAUGGUUUAGACACAAGCCUUUAA